UUGUAGUUUCUACAAAACAUCACUGAUUCAAUCCUCGGCAUUUAUUAAUUCAAACAAUCAUUCGCUCACAUUCAUUCAUCAGUCAAAAUUUUACAAAUGUCGGAUUUGUACUUGUGUAUUGUUUCGUGCUUGUUUAUUUUUAAAGUAGUACCGUAACAAACUUAUUCCAGCUUUUUAUUUAUUUUUUCUUACAUAUUUGAAAAUUGUAACUUUUUAGAUUUUGAAUUGAAAUGGGCCUUGAACAUUGUCAGUGACGAAAUAAAGAUUUUCUAAAAUGCGAUUAUUUUUCGUAUUUGGCUUUGUGCCAUAGCUUUAAUUGCAGUUUUUACUGAAAUAGUCGUCAUGCAGUGGCGGGUGAUUGUUUUGUUGGUGUUUGUAUGCGUGUAUAAUGUAUUUGGGUAUUGUCCAUCACUCUGUUCGUGUAAGAGCAAUAAACCGAGCGAUACACCACUAAUGUUUGGCCCUGGAGGUUUCCCUGAGCCUUUACCAGGGGAGCUUUUAAGGCUAAAAUGUGGAGGUACGCCGACACAGAUUACCGAGCUUAAGGAAAUAGACUUGAGCAAACUAUGGACCAAUGUUGUGAAUCUGAAUUUGUCUGGUAAUGCCAUAUCAACACUAUCAAGAGAACUGCAUCUACCUAAUUUACAAAAGUUAGACCUAAGCAAGAACCAAAUAUCAUUAAUAGAAUCGGAUGCUUUUUAUAAUAUGACUGCACUACAGAGGCUAGAUUUAUCCAAUAAUCAAAUAAGUAAGAUCUACAAAGAGAUGUUCAAGGGCCUUAUCAAUUUGGAGAGACUGAUCUUAGCCCAAAAUCACAUAUCAGUGUUAGCUGUUGGUACUUUUGAAUAUCUAAUAGAAUUGAAACAAUUAGAUAUCUCAGAAAAUCCUCUGAUAUGCGACUGCAACAUGCUUUGGGUGGGAGACUGGGCAUCCAACACCAGUGUGAAGCUUGUUGGCAAUCCAAAAUGUGCCUUCCCUGAAAACAUGGCUUUGAAAAUUGUUAAAAAACUGAGGAUUUACUUAGACCUGUCUGAAUGUACUAAUGUGUUACCCUCAAGGACACUGAUAGUGAAACCCGCUUACGACCAAAUAGUCUUCGAAGGGGAUACUUUAACAUUGACCUGCAAUGCACCAUUUGCAUCAGCCUUGACCGAGUAUAAAUUGAAAUGGGUCCACCCAAUGCUAGAAGUCUGUGAUGUUAAUAUCACAAACACGAACAUGCUAGAAGAAGGUAUAGCUGAGACAUCAGUACACUUUCCUAAUAUAACAAACCAUCAUAUGGGAAACUGGACGUGCGUCUACAACGACGCGAACUUUAUAGGACAUAACCACACCAUUGAAGUGUUGGUAUUCUCAAAUAAGACCCGUUAUUGUAUGACCAAUCAUACGAUAAAUAAUAAAGGUUUAUAUUCGUGGCCUCAAUUGCUGUUGAAUCAUACUGCGGCAGUGCCCUGUAGGACUGGAGAAGGUUUGGCCUAUAGGCAUUGUCACGCGAAUGCCACUUGGGGUCCGGCAAACACAACGGAAUGUUCGUACAUUAGUAAUGUGACAAAAUUACUUCAGCAGUUUGCUCUAUUGAAUGUGAGUCUAGUGCAAUACUCGGCUCUGAAUGCAACGGAGAGAUUGGCGAUACUGAUUCAAGAGAAGACAUACCCGUUGGCGGAAAUAACGGACCCUGAUGAUGUAAUGUUCAUUGCAGAGGCCAUAAAAAAUUAUAUGCAGUAUAUAACAGAGGAACGCGAUUUAGGUGCGAAACUCUUGGACGUGAUAAGCGCGGCGAUGAACAUCAGCAUGCCGGUGCUGUCGCUGGCGGAGCUGCAGCACGGCGCCUGCAGCCGCCUGCUCCGCGCCGCCGAGGACAUCUCCGCAUACAUCAGCAACGUGCAGGGACAGAAGACGAACAUGGCCGUGGAGCGGUUCCCGGUGCGCGAAGGUUUCAGCGGCGUGACGUGCGUGUGGUACAGCCCCGCGCCGCCGGCCGCCGCCGCCGCCACCAGCCCGCGCCUGCAUUGCACCACCACCAACCGCACGGUGGCGCCAUUGCUCACCGUCACUGAUGCCUACAUACACGCCAGCGUACAGAUUCCACAGUCAUUCCUAUACAGCACGACAGAUUCAGGGACGUUACUGCAGAGCAAACCUCAGGACCUGGUGGUGGCCAUGUAUGAAGAUGCAUCGCUGUUCCCUCUGCUGCCUGAGCAGAGUGAGGGUGGACCGUACUUGAGCUACAGGGCGAAGGAUUACUACGGUAGAAGCACUAAGAGGGAAGACAUGAACAUGGAGAUCACUUCGCCAGUCGUUGGUUUUCAGUUAGAGGGCGCGCGCGUGAGCGGGCCGCUGCUGGAGCCGGUGAUCGCGGCCGUGCGCGCGCGCAGCCCGCCCGCCGCCGCGCGCGCCGCCGUCUGGGCGCCGCCCGCGCGCCGCUGGGCCGACGCCGCCUCGGACUGCAAGAUAACUCACGUUAUAUCCGAAAUGAUAAUCAUAAGCUGCACCAAACUGGCUUAUGUGGGAUUGCUGCAGAACGUCGAGACCGGCAUUUACGGAGCCAGAACCGACGGGGCUAGAUUCAAGGUAUCCCAUCCAGCAGUGUACGUCGGCAGUCUCAUAUUAAUAGGAUGUGUUAGCUGCGCCACGCUCACGUACAUCAUGUGUUACCCAGCUAUACAAAUGGCCAAGAAGACCAAACACGCACUCAUCAAUACUUGGAUAGCUAUCGGUCUACUUUGUUUCUUGUACACAUUAGGCAUAUAUCAAACCGAAGAUGUCAAGUUAUGCCAAAUAUUGGGGCUGCUGAUACACUAUUUGUCUCUCUCUUGCUUGCUAUGGAUGUGCGUAUCCGCUAGUAACAUGUACAAGUGGGUGACAAAGACACACAAUCCUGUGAGGACACCAGAAGACGACAUUCCACCUGAUGUGCCAGUACAGAAACCGAUUUUAGGCUUGUACUUAGUCGGGUGGGGUAUAGCUUUGAUUGUAUGCGGAAUAUCAGGUGCGGUGAAUCUAAAAGACUACGCAGGUUAUUCGCAAUGUUUCUUGAGUACGGCGCCGGCGUUGAGUGCUUUGUUUGUACCUGGUGGUAUAUUAUUAAUGUUCUUACUUAUUCUAUUCUUGUUGAUACGGUGUACGAUCAGAAACAUGAAUGUACAGUUGUCAGAGGGCACACAAGCGACCGAGAAUGUGGAUUUAGAGAUGUGGGAACCUAAUCAGGCCACUGAGCGGACAGAGAGAAGGAGCAUCAAGUCGGCAGUAGAUUCAGAAGUUGAUGAUAUUGAGCAUACUCCGAUAAUCCAGUUAAGAGCACAAGUUAUAGUCUUGUGUCUGUACAUGUCUGUGUGGGCUUGUGGGGCUAUAACGGUAUACAGGCCCUUACCAGCCUACUUGCCGUACCAAGAGGAUAUAUGUAGUAUAAUUUACGCUGUCUGCGCUACUGUGUUAGGUACUUUCAUACUCUUCUUCUAUGGAAUUGCUAGAAGCGACGUUAGAGCACAGUGGUCGAUGAUGCAUUGCUAUCUGCAGAAGAGUAAACAGUGUUGCAGAAAUAGAAGCGUUUUUGACACUAAUCAGCAGAAUUUGCCGGGUGUUCCAACUACUACCACCCCAGUGACUCUUCCGAUACCCAAUGAUAACAGAUCCAGAUCGGGCAGUAGAAGUUCUAAUAGAACGAAUUCGAAGACUAACAACAGCGGGACGUAUAAAGCUGGAGCUGAGUUAAAUGGGCAGACGCUCCAAAAAGAUCACCUCAAAAAUAUUAAUGGAAAAACCCCAAAUAUAAAUUUAGUUGUAUUACAUAGGCAACAGUACAGAUCUAAUAACUCUAUGAUGACUUACCCUGAAAAUUCUAGUGUUGGCCCAGAAAUAUUUUAUAAUCCUAACCAAAUGAAUGUGGCUAAGAAAUUCUUUAAAAAGCAGAGGCAAAAUAUGAAGAGAAAUUGUUUGGAACUUCCUGUUAGGAGGGAUUGUGACAAUGAUUCGCAUAUUUCCCUUCCGUUACCGACUAGGGAAGCUUACAGUGGUGUAGCGAAUAUUAUAAACUCUGGUUCAAAAGUGAAUAACACCAAUAUACAUGUAGAACGAUCAAAUAACGGGAUCAAGGAGAAACGUAAUGUUAUUAAUCCGAAUUUACUAGAGGAGGAACCGAAAGAUAACUACAAAAAUUACUCUAUCGAUAGGAAGUCGUGGAAUAAAAACGAAGAAAGCAAAGCUAGAGCUCAAAUUAUGAAUAUCUAUACAAAUGUUCCGGAAACUCAAGUGCCACAGCAUCAGAUUGUUAAGGCUAAUGCGCCAAAACCCUUUUCCGGCCAGAGGACUAGUGUCUCUGAAGAGUGUCUACAGAGUCAUGCAAGUGAACAACCAGAAAUGAGAACGAUCUCUCAGCAAUGCAGUUUGGAAUAUAGUUCAGCGUCAGAGAUAGCAAUGCCGCACACAUGCUCAGAUCAAACGCUGAAUACUCACUCAGAAUUGACUUCCUUCCAAGAGACUCACAGUGCCUUAUGUUCGACAAACGAAAUCACAGAUACAGAAAGUUUUGGGCAGUAUAUAGACUAUAUUCAGCCCAAACAAGAUGCCAAAGAUGCUGUUGAUAAAUCUUUACAAGAUAUAUCUGAAGAAUGCACUAUGAACAGCGACGAAAUUAACCGAUCGAACACUCCGCAACGCUUGGAUGAAACUGGUUUGGGCGAAAUGGACAAUUUACUGCAGAAUCCAGACAAUGAUUUCACCGAUUCUAAGGAAAAGUUGGACGAAGACAAAGAUGGCUUUUUCAUAGCUAAAACUACGUAUGAUUUCGAGACGUGCAGCACGAACGCCAGCGAGCAGGGCUUCGAGAACGAAAGCGACAUCUAUUGUCCUAAUUAUCAAAUGUCGGAAGUGAGUAUACGCAGUCACGGGUUGUACGCGCCUUCCCCGUCGUCGAUGUGUCCAAACGAGAUAAGUUUCAGUAACGAAGACGUUUCGAAUAUCGAGAGUCAGUACGUGAACUACGAUCCAGGUUGGCGGAAGACGAUAAAAAGCAACCCGAAGCUAGGUAAAUACGUUCCGACGCCGGCGCUCAGUUGUCCGGAAGUGAACCGCGACAGUAGCCCAGUGUCGUUUGCCAGUGAGUUGGACGAGUUGUACACGCAGAUAACCAGUAGGGACAAAGAGAGGACGCCGCGGAAGGAGAUGGGAUUGGAUGUGACUAUGAACAGUGACGUCACGCUGAAGCCCACCGAUAGUGACAGUUGUGUGAGUGAGGCCAUAUCUGACGUUGAUAUUAAUGGCGAAACAACUGUGUAAAUUAUGUUGAAAUGCGACUGCUAUGUACAGUCAGCAGCAAAAGUAUGACACAGUUUUCAGUGACAAACAAAAAAAAUCAGUCGGAAUAUAAAAAUGAAAUAUGAAUAUCACUGUACAUGACAAUGAUAUGCGAACAACGUGAUACAUUUUGCAUUAAAUGUCCAGUAAAUUUAAUUAGAAGAUCUUGUAAUGUCUCUGUGACAAUGUACUUCGUUGUUCUCAAAUGACUGGUUAAUAUUGUCAGAUAAAAGUUAAAGUGAAUGAUUGAUUUUUGAAGAUUCUUGAAGUCUUUUUUACUAUUUGAUACAAAUUAUUUUUUAUAUUACUGAAAAAUAAUUUGAUUUAAUGAAGUUAAACGUUUAUUUCAUUAUCGUAAUAUUUAUGUUACUUUUAUUGAAAUACCAAAAGUUUAUUAAUUUUUUCAAAAAUAAUAAUUAUUAGUGUGUCUUCCAAGUUUACGACUGGCCAAAUUACCGACCUCCUAAUGGCGACAGUGAUGUCUGAGAACACAUCAAAUAAUUUUCUUGUAUGUUCAGAUGUAUGAAAAUUAUGUAGUCAGUUUUGUCACAAAAAUGCAAUUUGUUGUGUCAUACUUUCGAUGCUGACCAUACAUGAAUAGUUAUUGUACUAUACUGUUACUAAGUUAUCCACUAUAUCUAUGGAGGUAUGCAUUUAUAUACUGUAGAUAAAAUGUUUUAUAAUGAUCCAAAUUAUUAUUAUUAUUUGUAGUUCAAUUAAAUAUUUUUUAGGGUACUGCAAUACGAAAGUCGAGCGAGUUAUUUUAUUGAAUAAUUCGAGAUAAGACUCGACAAGCCAUAAUUAGAGUACAGUUUUCCACGUCGGUGACUUUGCCCUUUUUUCCGAUAUCAUGAACGUGCACGGUACGACGAUAUCUUUGACGGAAAAUUAAAAGUGUCUUCAAACAAUUGUAUAUAAGUUCUUAUUACCUACGUCACGUUAAAAUCGUGUCGUGCCGUGUUACGGUAAAUUGUAAAUCGCUCAAACAAUAUUGGUCAACAAAAUGUUGUUUAUAGAUACUUUGUAGACAUUGCCAAUUCGUGUGAGGUCGUUCCUAAUUGAUAGAACAAUUAGGAUCGAAAAUAUUAGUGCCAUUACACAAUCUUUGUAUAUUUUUUAGCUUAGAUCAUAUACUUCAAGAUAUACGUCAUGUGUCAAAUAACUGUCAAAGUGACAUUUGGUAGACAUUUUUUAUUAUUAUUUUUUUAUUAAACACGCCAUUUUCUAGUGUUGCAAGUCAAUUCAAUUAAAAAUUCGUGUGGUCAUUUUUUUCUUACAUGUAUAACAAAUGUAUUUAUGUACAUAUUUUAUUCAUGUAUUAAUAAAAAUGGCGGUCAUUUUGUAUGAUGCUGCUAAUGAAUAAAUAAUUAUUUCAAGUCGAUUCUCAGCAUAAAUUUAACUCUUAAUCAUAGUCAUGAGAAUUUUGUAUUACGUUUUAUUUUUCAAUUUAAAUUUACAAUUACGUAUCUCCCACAUACUGAGUAAUGACUGUAUAUUAUGGUAUCCCUAUUUACGCACACAUAGAUAAAAAAUUGUAUUGUUAAUACAAUGCGUUUGUAUUGACACUAUCUUGAAGUAUAUGACCAAAGAAUUUUAGUUAUAAGCUGUACAAUAAUUUGUCUGUAAAGUUAUUUAUUUGUAAGUUGAUAUUGGUCUGAUAAACUGUGGCUUUGUAUUUGUGCAUGUACGAUGGACGUGUAUGAGGUUGUACUAAUAAUAAUAUCGUGCCAAAAUUGUCUAUGGAAUGUUCUAGAUUGUUAUAUGCAAUUGGUAACCCUUGUCACUCUCAUUAGGAUACUAAACACUGACUGAAUUAAUAUUACCCGCCUGCGUCUAGUCUUACUUGCAGAAUGUUGAUUUGAUCUAAUAAUUUUAUAUUAAAUGGAUUUGUUAUUGUUGAACGCUAAGGGACCACUCACACUUAUUCAGCUUCAUUCGCGUUUCGCUGAACGAUUCUGGUCACACUUAUACAGCUCUGCUUCUAUCAGCCGCGUACGGCGUCGUAAGAAUGAGAAAAGCCGUCGUAGCGUGCUAUCUCCGCUCAAACGCUUGUCUACUGCUUACGGCGUAGAGUAUGCUGCAUUUCGUAAAAAUAAAAUAAUUAUAAUUACUAUAAAAUACGUGUGCACUCUUUAAUGCUUGCGUACAUAAUGAUUACGCAAUAAUGAAUCAAAUCAAUGCAGAAACAAUACAGGUCGCAACUUGACAAGGAGUCGCGAAACAUCCCUGUGAAGAGCUGUUUCGCCGCGUUUGACGGUGAACGCGGCGGAACAGCGCUGAACGCUCUCUAUAGCAUUCGCAUGAUCAAUACACAUUUAUCCUCAUUUUAUACUGAGUUACCGCGAAAGCAGAAUAGACGCGGAGAGCUGAACGGAUGCGUACACGUCUCAAUAGAAAAUCGUUGUUUUCUAUGGACAAAAGCUGAGUAGAGCUGAAUAAGUGUGAGUAGUCCCUAAAUCGUUGAAAUACCAGAGGGAGACUUUGUACAAAAGUCGUUUGCUUGGGUACCUCUGUCCUAUUGGCAACGCAUGGGGGUAUAAUUUUUUUUUUAAUUAUAUUUCUUACAUAAUCAUUCAAUCAUAUUUCGUUUACUAUCAGAUGGGCUGUAAGCUUGUUUGCCACCUUCAUGGUAUAAUAAAAUAAUGGAUCAAAAUACAAGUGUAUCAUAUCCAUAUAUUUGUGCAGGAAAAUAUGUAAUAUUUAAAUCUUCUAGGAAUUUUUAAAAAUAUUUGAUUUUAAGAGAGAAAAUUAUACAUCUUUUGUUUUACUAUCGGGAUGCGUUAAUUAUGCAAAUACGUUGUAAUGAGUUAAUUCAUUAAUUAAUUAAGUCUUGAAGUUAAUAAAAGCAAAUAUAAAUUAUUUACUCGAUCAGAUCAACAUUGUGUAAUGUGUUUCCACUAUGGGGUCGAUUUUUAUUGUGACAUUCUCUGUCUCUGAAAUGGAAUUCCUUACAAACAUUUGUAUGAUGCCCGUGAGGAUUGCGCAGUGGUAGAAAUACGAAAUAUAUUUUUGUGAUAUAACUACAAAUUUAAGGUUUUCAGUUUUUCCCCUUUAUUUGUAUUGUACGAUAUUGUUUCUUGUCAAAUUUCGUGAUUAUAAGUUAACUUGAAGUAUCUUAUAGGUUCUGAUUCUCUAAAUUCUAGUAAAUUCUAAUUUACCAGAAUUUAGAGAAUUUCGAGAAUAAAGUUUCAUCCCAAUCAUCUGGACGAGUGGCAGUCUUCCACCGUGCGUUUUUCAAGGCACUUUCUUCUACGCACAACCAUUCUUUGGAAUCAACUUCCAGCAGCAGUAUUUCUGAACCGAUACGACAACAUAACCCUCAAGACAAGAGUAUAUUCCUUUUUAAAAGGCCGGCAGCACACCUGCAAUGCCGUUGAUGUUGUAGGUGAUCAUGAGCGGUGGUAGUCACAUGCUCAUUUGCCCCCCUGUGUUGUAAAAAAAAAAUUCUAGUAAAUGUCACCCCACCCUGCGUGUCCUACCACUUGUACAACGCAUUGUGCUCAGAGAAAUUGUUCAAUAUGAUUCCCACGGCCACUUUUUUCCAUCGUACAGCUCGCCAUUGACAAUGGAGUUCACUCCCAUAUCUUAAAGCCUGGAUGGCAGCGUACAGCGCGGUUUCGAGGCGUUUCUUCCCACAAACGUUCAGGUUAUGGAAUGAGCUCCCUGUCGAGGUUUUUCCAGCAGAUUACAGCAUGGGGUUUUUUUUUAAAAAAGGGGUAAAUAGGUUUCUUUAGGUUUGGCAAAGCACAAAAACGCAACAAAAGAAGGAUAAAUAUCAGAGGCAGACUUUGUACAAAAGUUGUUUGCUUGGGCACCUUACUCCCAUUUGUGUUUCUACCGUGAAGCAGUUGUGUUUUCAUGGCUGUGUUUCGGUUUGAAGGGUGGGAUAUGGUAGUGAAUUUACAUGGUACAAAAGAAUAACACCCGAGUCCACAGGAAUGACAUCGCAUGGGGGGUAUUAUGGGCGACACAGUAUACUCUGUUAUGCUCAUGGUACUGGGCCUAUAGACAUGGUAGUCAUGUCUAUGGUCGACGGUGACCACUUUUCAUCAGGUGGGCUGUCAGUUUGUUUGCCAUUCGUAGUUACAUAAAAAAAAUCCAGAGAAUGCUACCUCAGAAUCGACCCCGGCAUCUUAUUUAGACUUGUAGUGAAUGUAAAUUAAAUGAUUUAUAUAACAAUGUGUGCCUAUCAAUGUCGUGUCUUGGCCUAAAUUGUUUCUGCAGUUGUAAUUUGGGUACAGAAUGGUAUAUACACAGAAUUAUUGUUGACUAGGCUUUUUACCCGCUAUUUCGUACGCUUUUAUUUCAGAAGUAGGAAAAUCAAAGAAAUAGACUAUUUCUAGUUAUAGACGUAUAAAGGUAAAACAUAUAUAAGAUUUAGGAAUACAAUUGUGAAUAUCGCAUCCAAAUUGGUACAGUAAUUUUUGCGUGAUGUCGAAACAAACAUAUUAACAGACAAAAUUUCUAGAAUUUUUUUUUUUUUUGGUGUCUAUUGGUCUUAUUAAGACUGCUCGUAUUUUUUCUUAAAUAUCUCUAAGGUAAAGACAACGUGUAGUUACAAUUUUAUUAUAUUAGUAAGUUAGUCUAUGCCUGAAACAAUUUCUUAUUUAUGGUCAUCUUUUUGGAGGGGAAAAUAAAUAGUGUUAUUUAUAAAAAAAAAACAAACUUAUUUUAGUUAUGAUUUGUCACUUAUUUUUAAACUGAGAAUUGAACCCAUAAAAAAAGUUAAAUAAUUCAAUAUUUAAAAUGGUUCUAUUAGGCAUUUAACGGUUUUGUAAAUAUCUACCAAUGAUGGAAGAUAGUAACCGUAAACCAUAGACACGGUUAAAGUAUCCCGUAUCGCCUAUAAUGAUGUUUCACAAUUUAUCAAUUUUAAUUCACCAGAGGGAGACUUUGUACAAAAGUCGAUUGCUUGGGUGCCUCUGUCCCAUUCGUGUUUUAACCGUGAAGCAGUUGUGAUUGCAUGGCUGUGUUUCGGUUUGAAGGGUGGGUUAUGGCGUGAAUUUACUGGGUACAGAGGAAUAACACCUGAGUCCUCAGGAAUGGCAACGCAUGGAGGGUAUCAUGGGCGAAACAGUAUACUCUGUUAUGUCCAUGGUACUGCUCAUGUCUACAGACGACGAUUACCACUUUCCAUCAGGUGGGCCGUCAGCUUGUUUGCCAUUCUAAGUUGAGUAAAAAUAUAUAUAUAUAUAUAUAUAUAUAUAUAUAUACUUUAACGUACCUUAUGAUUUAUGACUUUUAUAUUAGAAGUUACACUUAAAACCGCAAUUCAGAAUUAAUAAUACAAGAUCCUUUUAAAAUUGUAUAUAUCUUGAUUACAUAAAUAUAAGCAAAUUAUAUAAAAAAUACUUCUGUAUAUAUUCCAUUUUAAAUCGUAAAUAGAGAACUGGGUAAUUGACAGAAUUUUUGAAUUGAAUUCGUAUGAUGUUUUGAAUGUAUUUAUAACCUAUAAAAGAUGUAUAACAGGCGAGCUUAACUCUUAAGUUUUCAUUUAGUAAACUCAGUAUUAUUACUUAUUAUUGUAAUAAACAGUAAAAUGCUAUGAUUAGUUUAAAAAAAAA